ACGAAUAUGAUUGUUAUAAAUUAAGCUUAUGAUGAAUCUCAAUCUACUUCAUCUCUCAGUUCCAAGUCUGCCUUAUCUGCUGUUCUAGUUUAUUGGCAUUGGGAUCAGUAACUGCAAUUCCCAAUGCAAAUUUUCAUCGGGCGCCAAGGAGCACUAGUGUGCUUCUGGUUGUUGUCUGUGUUUUUUGUGGUAACAGGAUUCAACAAUGAAGAGCACAGGACAGUGGAGGUAGUUGGCCUAGGAGAAUGCGCAGACUGCAGGCAGAACAAUAUUAAGAAUAACCACGCUUUCUCAGGGUUACGUGUGACGGUAGAUUGCAAGUCACGACAUGGACACUUCAGAACGAGAGGGGCAGGUGCGCUUGAUGAAUAUGGAAACUUCAAAGUAUCACUUCCACAGGACAUGGUUGAAGAUGGUGAGCUAAAAGAAGAUUGCUAUGCCCAGUUGCAUAGUGCAUCUGCUGAACCUUGCCCUUCCCACGGAAACUCCAAAAUUGUGACCAGGUCAGUCUCUGAAGACACACACACCCUUGCACCUGCUGCUGGAAAACUCAGAUUCUCAUCAGCAUUGUGCACUUCAGCCUUCUUUUGGCAUUUCUUCAAACACCACCCAGAAUUCCCUUACCCUCCUAAAGAUGACUACUCUCUCCCUCCCCCUGUGCCAGUCUAUAAGGAACCUCUUCCUCCAGUGCCAGUGUAUAAGAAACCCCCAGCACCAUAUAAGAAACCUCCUAUUAGUACUCCAUCUCCAGUUGUGAAUAAACCAUGCCCCCCAAAGGAAAAAACACCUUCUCCCACUCCCAUUUACAAGCCACUUCCACCUCCCACUCCCAUUUACAAGCCACUUCCUCCUCCUACUCCCAUUUAUGAGCCUACUCCUACCGCGCCGUCGCCACCAUAUUUUAAAUACUUUCCUCCUUUCCAUUUCAAGAAGCCGUGUCCACCUCUUCCCAAGAUGGAACCUCCAAAGUUCUUUUACCAACACCCAUGGUUUGGAAACUGGCCUCCCUCUCAUUCAUAGACUAUCAUUGUUCUCGGAGUAACGUUUUUUAUAUGUGCGUUUUCUAGCGUUUUUGCUUCUUAUGUUAGCAAUAAAAUCCGAAUAACAUCCAUGUCAGUGGAUACAGAAUGUGAGCAGAAGAGCAUGGAAAUGAGAGUAAAAGAGAAAAACAAAUGAUGGAGCAAUGUUGUUUGAGAAAGUUUGAAGUUAAUUUUGGUGACCAAGUUGAAUGUGAUGAGUUAAUAAGUGAAGGUUUCUCUGUUAGUUUUGUACAAGUACGUAUAACUUAAAAAUGCUUUAUGAUCCUUAUGGUGAUAUUGAUAUCUAAUUUUUCA